AUGACACAUCCUUCUCCCUCUGCACCAUCAACAACAACCAACACCUUGACUCCCGCCACCAACUCCACUCUGCCUGCUGCCGCCGCUGUCGCAGCAGGUAACGGCUCCACUGCCGCAGCACCAACAGCAACAGCGUUCAAGACCAUCCUGGAGACCAUCGACCCCGCAACAAUCACAUACACCUCCACAGACUUGGAAGACCCCGUCCCCGAAAUCUCCCAGUCGCAUACCCGCCGUGUUCUCGACCAAGCCGCCCAGAUCCUUCGUGCCGGCCAGGUAGUCGGCAUGCCCACCGAAACCGUCUACGGCUUGGCUUCGAAUGCGCUCGACUCUAUCGCUGCGCAGCGCAUCUUCAAGGCCAAAAACAGGCCCCAGGAUAACCCUCUCAUCGUCCAUGUCUCGUCCCUCAAAAUGCUUCGCUCCAUGCUCAAGGAUAACACCAUCCCGGACGUUUAUGAUGAUCUGAUCAGGGCCUAUUGGCCAGGACCCUUGACGCUACUUUUCCCUCGAUCCAGCUUGAUCCCGAAUGAGAUUACAUGCGGACAAGCCACGGUGGCUGUUCGUUUCCCUUCGCACCCGAUCACACGCGCCUUGAUCUCUGCUUGUGAUCGACCCCUGGCUGCACCCUCUGCCAACUCUUCUGGCAAACCUUCGCCAACGCUAGCUUCGCAUGUGAUGGACGACCUCUCAGGCAAGAUACCCAUGGUCAUCGAUGGUGGCCAAUGCAGCUUUGGAAUCGAAUCCACAGUCGUCGACGGAUUGAGAGUCCCACCGGCCAUCCUUCGUCCGGGUGGUGUCACCUUUGAGCAGAUCCGACAGGUCAAGGGGAUGGAUAAGGUUCAGGUCUACAAGAAGCAUUUCACGGACGCGGCAAUGGAACAGGCACCCACCACCCCAGGAAUGAAAUACCGCCAUUACUCGCCAGAGGCCGAGGUUGUCCUUGUCGAGUACAUCAAGACUGAGGAUUCACCUGUGUUGAACGGAUCGGUUCCCACGGGACAGUACGGACGGAUCUUGAAGGAGAUUGAAAUGUUGAAGCAGGAGGGCAAGAAGCGUUUCGGCAUCCUCCGCACCUCGUUCACUACAGCCACCCCAUCAGCAACAGUAGCAGUAACCACUCACCAGAACGGAACGACACAUUUGCAGGACGACCGGGAAGAUGAAGGCGUGAUCGAGUUCCCAUUAGGUCAAGGAUCCAAACCAGAGGAUGUUGCACGCGAGCUCUUCAGAGGAUUGCGGUACUUGGAUGACCAAAAGGUCGACUGCAUCUUUGUCGAGGGUAUCAGCGAGGAGGACGAGGGUCUGGCUGUCAUGAACCGUCUCCGCAAAGCCGCCUCUCGCACCAUCUCAUUAGACCCGACAGAGUUCUUGUAA